CCAGCAAGGCUGUAAUUCAAGACAUGCUGGUUUCGACCAACAUUUCAUUUUUGUUCUCCGUUAGAUAUUUUUUCCGGUAAACGGCAAUUAAAUGUUGGAUUCAAAUAUAGCAUUUAAUGCGAGACGCUGGAGAUGAUAGUGCAUCAKUUUUGAGCUGGAUAUCUGUAAUCAGUGACUACACGAUGUCAUCAGGUUUUGCUGCCAGGAUAUUUUACUAUCCAACUUUAUUAUACAAUGUUGUGAUGCAAGGAAGUAGUAGACGAUGGUAUGAUAGAAUAGAUAAUGGUGUUAUACUCGGAGCUUUGCCGUUUAAAAGCCAAACUAAGCAGCUUGUUGAGGAGGAAAAAGUGAGAGCAGUUGUGACACUGAAUGAAGAAUAUGAGACCAAGUAUUUGUGCAACAGUACUGAGGAAUGGGCAAGUUGGGGUGUUAAGCAGCUUUGUUUGGCAACAGUGGACUUCAAUAAUGCACCACCACAGGAGAWGCUGGAUAGAGGUGUUAGCUUCAUUGAAGAUAUGCAGUCAGAAGACAGCACUGUAUAUGUACAUUGUAAAGCAGGAAGAGGRCGAAGUGCGACACUUGUUGCUUGUUACCUCAUCAAGAAGUUCACAAUGAAUCCAAGUGAAGCCCACAGUUAUAUCCAGUCAAAAAGACCUCACAUUAGACUUGGUUCCAGGCAAUGGGAAGCUAUUUAUUUGUACUAUGAAAGAAUGACAGCAAACAAAUUGUAAAAAAAGUUUUUUUUAUCAUUACAAAAUAUUUUGGAUAAAGUUUAUAAAUGUUAAAAAUAAAGUGCGCCAGAGCUUUUAUUCUAUGCAGCAUUACUUUUAUUUAUGCAAUAAACUCUUCCAAAUUUCUUUGAAUGUAUGUCUACAAAAGUGAAUUCACAAAAUUGCCUUCAGUAAAGCUAGAUAUUUUUAAAUUCAUUAUGCAAACAUAAUACAAAUAUCAUAGUCUACAACAACUUUAUUUCCCAUUAAGCUUUGAACAUUAAUGCCUAUACUUAAGUUCAUUAUUAUUAUUUGUUGAACCCAAGGAAUGAUUAAAUCAUAAUCAUUCCAGUAGCACAAUAACAUCAAGAACUUUAUGUCUAACAAAUAAGUAGGUCAAAGCCAUAACUUCUGUAGUAAUAUUUUAAUUUGCUACUAUUUACACAAUAAUGUAAUAUCAAAACUUUCAUUUGUUAAAUAAUAUGUCAUGUUGGAUUUGGAUGUUUUGGUCUUCUGAACAAUAAAAUAUGGGGUUCUGAAAUGAAAU